AUGAGCAGUAAGGAAUGUUUCAGGUGUGGACGCUCUGGCCACUGGGCCAGGGGAUGCCCUAAAGUAGGAGGGAGUCGAGGGCGCGGAGCUAGAGGCCGUGGCAGAGGUUCUCCGUGCAGUUCCACCAACCUACCUGACAUCUGUUACCGCUGUGGUAAGUCUGGUCAUCAUGCUAAGAAUUGUGACCUUCUCGAGGACAUCUGCUACAACUGUGGGAGAAGUGGCCACAUCGCUAAAGACUGUACUGAACCUAAAAGAGAGAGAGAGCAGUGCUGUUACACUUGUGGCCGACCAGGCCAUCUGGCUCGUGAUUGUGACCGUCAGGAAGAGCAGAAGUGCUACUCUUGCGGUGAAUAUGGCCACAUUCAGAAAGACUGCACCCAAGUUAAGUGUUACCGUUGUGGCGAGACAGGCCACGUGGCCAUCAACUGCAGCAAAACGAGUGAAGUCAACUGUUACCGCUGCGGCGAGUCGGGACAUCUGGCCCGGGAAUGCCCCAUUGAGGCCACCGCUUAA